ACCACUUGCUUUACUAUUAGCUUUACAUUACAUGGAUCCAAGGCAAGGAACAAAAAAGUGUGGGGUUUGGAGACAAAAUCUAUCAUACAAAUACGGCCAUUUGCUCCUCCUGUAAUCUUCUCUCAAGAAAAAGAAGUAAAUGGCACUUAGCAACAAUGUCAUCGGAGCCAUCAACUUUGUUGCCAUGCUCCUCUCCAUCCCAAUCAUUGGUGCCGGAAUUUGGCUUGCCACAGAGCCAGACAAUUCUUGUGUCAAGAUUUUACAAUGGCCUGUCAUAAUUUUGGGCAUCUUGUUCCUGGUUGUGGGCAUUGCAGGCUUUGUGGGAGCGUUUUGGAGAAUCCCAUGGCUCCUUAUCUCUUACCUCAUUGCCAUGCUGGUUCUUAUAGUCUUGCUUGCUGCUUUGGUGGUCUUCAUCUACAUGGUCACCAUUAAAGGCUCUGGCCACCUCGAACCGAGCCGGUCUUACCUGGAGUAUCAUCUGGAUGACUUCUCAGGCUGGCUUCGCCGUAGAGUGCGAAGCCCUUGGAAGUGGGACCGCAUAAGAAGUUGUCUCAGCUCAACAAAUAUGUGUGGUGAGUUGAAUCAGAGUUAUCGCAUGGCUCAGGAUUUCUUUAACGCGCGCAUUACCCCCUUACAGUCAGGAUGUUGUAAGCCACCCACACAAUGUGGCUACACGUUUGUGAAUCCAACGUAUUGGAUAAGUCCCAUAAACAAUGCAGCAGACAUGGAUUGCCUGCAGUGGAGCAAUGACCAGACCCAACUUUGCUUCAACUGCGAUUCUUGCAAAGCUGGCUUGCUUGCAAAUCUCAAGAAAGAAUGGAGAAGAACCGACAUAAUAUUGCUCAUCACUCUUGUUGCUCUAAUUUCUGUGUAUUUGAUUGGCUGUUGUGCUUUCAGAAAUGCCAAGACCGAGGACCUUUUCAGAAAAUACAAACAGGGCUAUACCUGAUAGCAAAUAGUUAAAGGAUGUGGUGGGGGGUCUUGUAUUAUUAGAAUUAAUCUUUGGUUUCUUUCUUCUUUCUUCUCUUUGUUUGACUUCAUUUCGCGACAUGAAUUAUUUAGGGUGGUGGUGUUUUCAGAUGGGGUUAUUUUCAUGAUUUACCUUACUUCGAUUUUUGUGUCAAGUUGCCAAAGGUGAACGUGAUUUGCGGAGGGAACCGAAAGCUGGUUUUUGCUUUUGAAAUACAUACCCUAUAUUCAGAUGUUUUUUUUGUCAUUUUUAAUGCAAUUAUCAACUGUGCAUUAAAGACUUUGUGGACCUUUAGGCUAUAGCUGCUGCAAAAAGACAUCCCAAGUAUGAACUCGAAGAAAAAUGAGGUGUUCUGACAAA